GAUCAAAAGUCGGGCUUUUGGAGCGAUCAUAGCUUUUUGAGUGAUUGCAGUGAAGAAACAUCUAUGAUGAUUAAUAUUAGUGUAGCACCGGAGCUUUUGAGGGAAGAUCAAAAGUCGGGCUUUUGGAGCGAUCAUAGCUUUUUGAGUGAUUGCAGUGAAGAAACAUCUAUGAUGAUUAAUAUUAGUGUAGCACCGGAGCUUUUGAGGGAAGAUCAAAGGUCGAGCUUUCGGAGUGAUCAUAGUGAAGAGAGCACAUUUUGGCUUUUCGGA